AUGACUACAGUUGUUGCUUCACCUGGGCAAGGACCUGAUCGUCAGGUAGAAGUGCAAUACUCCGAUGCCAAGGUAGUUGGUAGCGGCUCUUUUGGUGUCGUCUAUUUAGCCGAAUUGAUCGACACGGGAGAACAAAUUGCAAUCAAGAAGGUACUUCAGGAUAAACGAUUCAAGAAUCGCGAAUUACAUAUAAUGAGAAAGUUAAAUCAUAAGAAUGUUGUACAGCUCAAAUACUUUUAUUAUUCGGGAGAUGAAAAAAAGGAUGAACUCUAUUUGAAUCUGAUUUUAGAAUUCGUACCAGAAACAGUUUAUCGUGUCGCCAGACAUUAUUCCAAGUUACGACAAACGAUACCUAUUAUAUACGUCAGGUUGUACAUGUUCCAGCUAUUUCGAGCUCUGGCAUAUAUCCAUCGACUUGGAAUUUGUCACAGAGAUAUUAAGCCACAGAAUUUGCUAAUCGAUACUGAAACUGCAGUGCUUAAACUUUGUGACUUUGGUUCAGCCAAAUAUCUUGUUCGAGACGAGCCGAAUGUUUCCUAUAUUUGUUCUCGUUAUUAUCGUGCUCCAGAGCUUAUUUUCGGUGCUACCAACUAUACGAAUAGUAUCGAUAUGUGGUCAGCUGGGACGGUUCUAGCAGAACUUUUACUGGGUCAACCGAUAUUUCCCGGUGAUUCUGGUGUUGAUCAGCUGGUCGAAAUCAUCAAAGUUCUUGGCACUCCGUCAAAAGCACAUAUUCAUGAGAUGAACCCAGACUAUAAGGAACGCACUUUUCCACCUAUCAAACCACGCCCAUGGAUACGUGUUUUCCGUUCAAAUCCAAAUUUGGAGGCGGUCGAUCUUAUAUCACUUGUACUUGUUUAUUCACCACAUCAACGACCCAGUCCGCUAGAGGCUUGCGCACAUUCAUUUUUCGAUGUGUUGCGCAAUCCAGGAACAAAAUUACCUAAUGGACGUGAUAUUCCGUCAUGUACAGAUUUUACUUCUGAAGAACUAUGCUGUGAUCCUACAAUUGCAUCACUGCUCUGUCAGGAAAAGAAAGUGGAAAAUGAAGAAACGAUAAACAGUAAUAGCGCAAAUGGUGUGAACAGCUGA